AAAAAACUAAAGGCUAUGAAGUAUAAACGCGUUUCUUGUAAUAUUGAAUUUAUAAAACAUAUACAUUAUACAAUGAACACUUCAUUUGAAAUGGAAAAAUGUCCUUGGGAUCAGAGUACUUAUGUCGGAAGAUGGCAUUAUUACUUUUGGGUGACAAACCCUAUGCUAUGUUUAAAAACCGAUCAAGAGCUUGAAGAAGCCAAGUCCUUACGUUCAUCUUAUCUAAAUGGUACACAUCCACCUGGAACAACUACUGAACAAUUGUUAACUGCUAAACAGAUCUAUGAAAGUUCAUUUCACCCAGAUACUGGACAAAAACAAAAUGUAUUUGGUCGAAUGUGCUUUCAGGUUCCUGGGGGUAUGGCUAUUACUGGAGCAAUGUUAUCUUUUUAUAAGACUGUUCCAGCUGUCGUGUUUUGGCAAUGGAUUAAUCAGUCAUUCAAUGCUUUAGUUAACUAUACCAAUCGAAAUGCUAACUCUCCCUUGAGUCAAACUCAAAUGGGCACAGCUUACGGUUCAGCAACAAUAGCUGCUUGUGUGACAUCCAUAAAAUUCAAACAAUACCUGACAAACAAUGCCUCACCUUUUUUUCAAAGAUAUGUUCCGUUUGCCGCUGUUGCAGCAGCUAAUUGUGUGAACAUACCAUUAAUGCGCCAGACUGAAUUAUUAAACGGUGUAGAUGUUUAUGAUGCUGAUAAAAAUAGAGUUGGAUGUUCUAAAUUAGCUGCAGCUAAAGGAAUAUCUCAAGUAAUAGUGUCAAGGAUUGUUAUGUGUGCACCUGGAAUGGUAUUGUUGCCUGUCAUAAUGGAAAAACUUGAAAACAAAAGUACAUGGUUCAAGCGAAAUACAUGGAUCCAUGCUCCAUUCCAAACUCUUGCUGUUGGUUGUUUUCUUAUUGGUAUGGUCCCAACUGCGUGUGCCUUGUUUCCUCAGUUCAGCUCCAUUAAAUUAAGCACAUUGGAGAAAUACGAGAAUACUGCAUAUUGUGACAUAGUGAGCAACUGCAAGAAUCCACCAAUUGUCGUGUACUCUAAUAAAGGACUUUAAAAUAACAAUCUCAUUUACGGAUAGUAUCUAAAAAUAUUCUCAUUAGGUUUAUCUGUUUAUUAUGAAAAUAAUUUUUUUUAAAUCAAUAGUGUGCAUAUAACCACUUAAGAAAACUGUGACAUUCUGAAAUUUGGUGUUUUAGAACUUUUGAAUAAUUUUGAUUUUACUCGAAAGUUGAAAAGUUCAAAAUGUGGUUUCGUUACAUUCUUCUAAUAUGAUAGAUAUUGAGAAAAAAUUGUUGUUUUUCCCGAUAAGUCAAAAUAAGAACUAAAAUUUCAAUAUGUAUCCCUUAUUUUUAUUUUUUAAAUCCUGCACCUUAUGAUAAUCUUAAUUUUAUCAAUAUUUUAGUCUUAUUUUGUUUUUAACAACAUGAAUUAGUUUACAUGACUAUUGUCCGAGUUGUAUCUUAUUUUUUUCCAGCAAUUUAAAUUUAAUUAUAUACCUUUUUGCUUAUCCUAUUUAAUUUAUUCAUAAAAAAUAAAAUAUGAAAACUUAUUUACAAGUAUCAAGUGCUUCCAAUGAAUAUAAAAUUCAUAGUUAAAUAUAAUAAAAAAAAAAAUUAAGUUAAACAUAUUAUAGCUUAGGAGAAAUAAUCAAUUUUCGCUAUACACCUAUACCUAUUUUAAAGUAUUUAAGAUCUGAUUAUUUAAUAUUGUUCCCAUUUAUGAGUCCAAUAUAUCUAAAUCUUUUGAACUGUAUAAUAUCAAGGUUUAAUCAUCGCUAUACUAUAUUCAACUAAAUGAUCCAAUAAUAGUACUUAUAAUGUUAGAUAGUUUUUAAAUAAGCAAUAUGUUUGUAACGUUUAGCAAUUUAUUCUAUCAAAUAAAAUAUCUGAUUUACUACUAUAAGUUAUUUCUCCUUUUAUUAAGGGAAUGCCUUACUGAUUUGUUACACGGACUUACAUU